AGAGAGAUUUCUGCUAAAGCUGUGUCAGCGAAACGGAAAUUAAAAGAGAAUUGCCCUUCCUCUCUUGUAUAAAACUAACAGUACAGCAGGGAAAUCCUUAACACACUGAAUAUUCUCUCAGGAUCAUCAUUUAUAAUUUACAGAUUGAAGAGAGCAAUCUGGUUUGAUAUUUAUUCUUUUAUUAGUCUUUUAUUAUUCAACAAAAAUAACACUUGGCGUCCUACUUGCUUUUAUGUACAAACGACCGGUUUCAAUAGACCGGCAAAAUUUCUCAUUUUAUUAAAGCACUGAGGUUACGACAACUUCGAGUUAAACUGAUUUCACGGGUUAUCAAAGAGUGUAGCGAUUCCCCUUUCCCAGGUGAGCGCCGACUCAUUUCGCGUCCAUAUUCAGGAAUGCUUGCGAACUCUUUACGCUUUCAUUGCCUUUCCCCCGACAUGUUUUGCACGGCGUUUUGUCAUGCGAAACCUCCACGAAACAUCCACGCAGCGCGCGAGGUAACUAUAUCCCGAUUCUAAAAAUAACUCGAGACGAUUUACCUAUGGAAGAGGGUGUGUGUGGGCGAUGCAUUCUCUGUCCCCUUUAUCCUCUCUUAUUUAAAUGUGAAUGCCACAUUAUGAUGCAAAUACAAUAUACAAAGAAUCUUAACCCCGGGAGAUUUGAAUUGGGUACAACACUGAGUUAGCCGAACUGACCACUCCAGAAAAUACCAUAACAUACCAAAAUACUCUUUGUUUGUAACCCAAAAAUUUUGCAUAAGCAUUAUCUUCAGUUUCUCUUGGGAGUUAAAAUGGCCCCAAGAGAAAGUGAAAACAAUGCUUAUGCAAAAUUUUGGGGUGACAAACAAAGAGCAUUAUGGUAUGUUAUGGUGUUUCUGGAGUGGUCAAUAAGUCUAUUUGUUUUUCAGGGGUCAAUUUAAUAAAACUGUUACACGUGUAAUUUACACGUGUAGCCAUUGUUUUAGAGUCUGAGAACAAUAGCUACCCCUGUAAAUUUCACGUGUAAAAGUAGUUUUAUUAAAUUGACCCCAGGCCUAUUAUAUAAUCUACUGCGAUCGAACAAUAUUGCUAUUUUUGGGUGUCCAAAGAAGACUAUUAUCUCGAUGUUAAAUUUGUUUCACCCUUGGACUGUCAAAUUAUUUUUCUCUAAAAUCACUCAACCUUUGCCUCAAAAGUCACAUGAAUGUGCCCUAAAGUUAACUGAUCUAGCUUGAUCUGUGGAUUACAACUUUAUUGUGUGAUUUAAAUUAUGAAUUCAUUAACGGGAGCUUCGCUUUUAGCCCUGGCUAAAUCUAUUUAGAAUACACUAAAACAGUGAGAUAAUUGAGCACAAAAAUGAUGAUUUUUAACUCAUUUACUGUUACCAAAGAUUACAAUUUUGGCGCGCAAUGACCAAACGGCCGCGGCCGUCGCUUUUUCUUGCUGACAACUAGAACUUUUGAAGGCAUUUGUUUAGCUCUUGAGGGGAAAUUUCUCCAAAAGGAGUUGUGAAUUCUUUUUGUAUUUAAAAUAAUUCUAUAAAAAAGGUUAUUAAAUUUAGUUUUAAGCUUAUUUAUGAACAAGUCAACUAAAUAAAGUAAUGCAAGACUUACGCUUAUAAUUUUCAUUUGUAAACAAAAAACUUUUUCACCGGUUUUAUCGAUAAAUUUAACUCAAAAAGACAAAGCUUUACCUGUUAAAACUUCCAAACUGAACUUCGUCACCUUCUUCGUGUAUUUCGGGAAUAGCUUGCUUGAUUAUUUGUGAAAUUUCUUUGUUUGUUACGGCAGGAAACCGGGAAGGCAUUUUGCUCGCAGUUUACGCGAGUUUGGCGACGCUAACUCUUAGGAACUGGAGGUGAAUCAGUGAAUAGUGCAGGAUUCACUGACUGAGUAGCCAAUCAGAGCGCGCGAAAAACACUAUCCACUGUUUUGGUAUAUACUAACUAGUAAUAAUUGCAAAUUAGGGGAGUGCGUUCGAUGGGGGAGGGGGUAGGGGGUGCAAAACCUGAUGGGCUUGUGAUAUUGAGAAAUCAAAAUCAAACACUUUUAUCAAUACGAAUAUCAGCAGCUGUCUUUAUCAGUGUUAUUGUUUAUCCUCCCACUUUACAAUUCGGUACUAUUUCAUUUUUCGUCAAAAAUGCAAGGGCGUACUGUACUUUGUACAUUUACUUGGCUAAACCUCUAAGUAAAGUACAUGAAAGUAACAACAGGUCAAACACUGACUAUGAUCCCCAGGGUAUUCCUUUGCACUCUAGGAUGGUCAAUAAAUAAUGUGAAUAAAAUUGGCUAAAAAUUGGGAUACAGAAAAAUGAAAGUUAUCUGAAAAGUUUAAUCGUCGAGUAUCACUUUAAACCCUUGUUGCGUCACAGCAGGCCAACACGACCCACCUCUUUCAACGCACCCGGAAUUAGUGAGAUGAAAACGUCAACGUUUCACUGUUCAACUUCUUGUAUAAUUUUCAAAAAUGGUGACAAACAAAAGCAAAUACAACGCUGUAAAUAGCUUUUAAAAGCGAAAAGAUGUAAUUUGUAAUAGAAUUAAAUAUGGUCGAUCUAAGCUGAUCUUGCUUGAAUCCAUAUUAAAAACAAAUACAGUGUGCAGAACGCAUUGUUAUAAUAUCUACAUAUCCGAUUAUCUUAGAAUGGAAUUUUCCUAUAUCAAAAAAACUUAAUUGAAAACUUUGAGAUUGAGGCAAAAGGUGCUAGGCCGGUCCAAGAUGGUGUCCAAACCAUAAAAACGCAUGGCAUACAGAACGGUUACUACUUUAUGUACGGUACACAAAUAGUAAGCGUUCUCCUUCGUUGAACGCAAAUAGAUUUAGCCAGGGUCCACCAAGUCCACCAAGCCCUUGUAUCUUUAGCUGUAUCAAUUGUUAAGUGUCUGUGCUAUUUGGUGACCGACACUUGAACCAAAUAUGUUUUGUCUGAUCCAUUUGGGACUUGUAUUUUUGGUGGUAACGGCCGCCCACAGUUUUCGUUCGCAGAGUUUAGAAUGUGCAGCAUAUGAUAUGGCUAAUAAUAAACACCGAAGAGUUGAGCUAUCGAAUAGUGUUUUGCUGCAAACGUAAGGAACGUUUAGGUCUCUUCAAGGUAAAGAGCUUUCAGCAAUGGUUUUCAUUUGUUUAUUAGGAUCGCUUUGACCGUAACCUUAAAUGCAAGGUGUUGACUGAUCGUAAUAAACGAAGUGUAAUGUUGUCAGUGUUGUUGUGAAGUGUAAAUCUGUUAAUUCAGGUAUGUACGCUCAUAUUUUUCAAGCUCUCUUGGAAAGACUUUACUUCCGAUAAAUUUGACACUUUCUCCAGUAAUUUUUAUUAGCAGCAUAACUUCUUUAAUCUUUCGAUGUGCUCGCGCGGAAAAACGAUGUUAACCUGUAAACUCGAUCGAUAGUCCAGCGCCAUUGUUGCUAAAUUCUUAAAUUCUUAAACCGAUGGUCGGUUUAAGAAUUUACACAGUUGCAGUGACUGCCGCUUGCGUUUUGCAAGUUCAGUACCAAAGAAAAAAAACGAUAUGCGAAAAAAGCAAUACUGCAAGUUCGCAAUUUGAUUGCCGAAAUUCGCGUAAUUUCGCUUAUUUCGGCAAAUUUCGUGUGCAUUUCUUUUGCACAGUACUGUAUCCCCUGACCACCACGCAAGGUGACCGCUUUGCAAGUUGUGACAACAUCGUUUCUUAGUCCGAGACCACGUCUCUUCCUCCCCCCCAUCCCCACCUCGCUGCGUGAGUGCAAGCACUCCCUCACUCGCGCUUCCUUCCCCCACCCCCCAUACCUCGCAGCUCCAGGAGAGCUUGCUCGUAGGCUAAUAAAUAUCUUGCAGCAUACAUGCGUCCGAUAUACGCCCGCCUUGGUAGGCUUGAAAUUAAACGGGUUUUCCGUGACGCGUGAUGGGUCCCAGAUUAUCAGCGUAAUGCAUGAUCGGGCCCAAAUUAACCGCCUGUUUUAUUUGUUAGUUUUACCUCCAUGCAAUGCCUGGUUUCAGUGCAAGACUAUUGAGAGUAUAUUUUCCUUGGAGGGCUUCAAUAAUAGGUUAUUGUUUCGUUUCUUGUAUGUUCCUCAAUCUCUCUUCCACGGGUAGUUUUAGUUUUCAAGAUCAUUCCAUUACUAAUACUGUUAUUAUCAAACAAACAUAUUUGCUCGGCUAGUGAUAAUGUGUGUUAUUGAAACCUCUUAAAUUAAAGGUAAAUGUUUGAAAGGACUUUUUCCGCAUUGUAAAGUAGCAAGGGUGCGAAAUAAAAGAAAUAAGUUUAUGUUAUUAUAUUUCCCUAGAUCAGUCAGCUUUCACAAACUUCUCAGUAAAGCUUCAUGGGAGUUAGUUCAAUAAGGUGUUGAGAGGGAGAAGACUAACAUGCACCAACACAUCUAAACUGAGAAAAAUUUUAUAGUGACACAUAUCAUCUUGUCUUGAAACUAGGCAGCAAAAAUAUACAACGGCAGACCAUGAAAGACACACCUUAAUCUUAAACUGAAGUGAAGAACCGAAAAUGUUAGUCUGAAAAUAUUAUUGGUCUAAAAAUAAUUUCAGUGUUUUCAGCUGGCUUGUGAUGCCAUUUUUCAGAGGCAGGAAGUGUAGAUUACGGUGGUGGAAAUAUAUACCUUUUAUUCAAAAAGGUGUUUUUGGGGUGUUCAGAAGGAAAAUUAACUAAAACAGAGAAAAAGCAAGAAAAAGAAACGCACGGUAAAAAUAAUUUGUUUCUCGUUAUUAUUACUUUGUAGCGACUGAAUGAUACAAGAUAAUGUCUAGCUUGAAUGACCAGAGACAAAUCGUUGCAAGCAGUGGUUUCUUUAGGCCGGAAGUUACGCUACGAAAGGGAAAAAACCUACUGCCAGCAACCGUUUGCUUUUCUAUCGGGCAUGCACUUCCACGUGACGCCCACGUCAAAACGUCAAAUGACAUAAUCUCUGUGAACUUGGAUAAGGUUUCUAGGAAUUCAAGAAACUACUUCUAAAGCAAAAGAAUAGUAAUCGCCGAGUACAAAGAACGUAAUAAUGAUUAGUUCUUUUGUCCCCAGCUCGGGCUCCGGACCCG